CAUUUGCAACGGGCUAUCUCAGCACAACAAGUUUUCAGAGAAAAGAAAGAGAGCAUGGUUAUCCCAGUCCCUGAAGCGGAGAGCAAUGUCAACUAUUACAAUCGUUUGUAUAAAGGAGAGUUUAAGCAACCAAAGCAGUUCAUUCACAUUCAACCCUUUAAUCUGGACAAUGAGCAGCCAGAUUAUGAUAUGGACUCUGAGGAUGAGACCUUACUGAACAGACUAAACCGCAAGAUGGAAAUCAAGCCGCUGCAGUUUGAAAUAAUGGUUGACAGACUCGAAAAAGCCAGCUCUAGUCAGCUUGUAACACUUCAGGAAGCCAAAUUGCUGCUAAAUGAGGAUGACUACCUUAUUAAAGCUGUGUAUGACUACUGGGUGAGGAAGCGGAAGAAUUGCAGAGGGCCGUCUCUCAUCCCCCAAAUCAAACAAGAAAAGAGGGAUGGCUCCACCAACAACGACCCUUACGUCGCCUUCCGGCGGAGAACUGAGAAGAUGCAGACGAGAAAGAAUCGGAAGAAUGAUGAAGCGUCUUACGAGAAGAUGUUGAAAUUAAGAAGAGAGUUUAGCAGAGCCAUAACCAUUUUGGAGAUGAUAAAGAGAAGAGAGAAAACAAAACGCGAGCUGUUGCAUUUAACGUUAGAGGUUGUUGAGAAAAGGUACCAUUUGGGUGAUUAUGGAGGUGAAAUCCUCAACGAAGUGAAGCUUAAUAGACCUGAAAAAGAGCUGAGCACAACUCCAUCCACUCUUCAUAACGGAAAUCAUCACAAAGUUCAAGAAUGUAAAGUUAAGCAUCCUCAUCAUUCAUCUCUAAAGGAGGAGGUGUCAGACGUUGUCCGUCAAAAGAAGAAGUAUCUAAAGAAACCGAAAAUAGAGUGCGUAGUAACUCCUCAGCAGCCCUCUGCUGAGCCCUUGCCCGUCAUCAGCAAGAGCGAUAUUAAACAGUACGACUUCCACAGCUCAGACGAAGAUGAGUUCCCACAGGUACCCUCACCAGUAUCAGAAGCAGAAGAAGAAAACGAUCCUGAUGGACCUUGUGCUUUCAGGAGAAGAGCAGGAUGCCAGUAUUAUGCCCCUCGUUUGGACCAAACUAAUUCUUCAUUUGAGAACUCGGAAUUGGCAGAAUUGGACAAACUGAGGUUCAGGCAUUGCCUUACAACCCUUACAAUUCCACGAAGAUGUAUAGGAUUUGCAAGAAGGCGAAUUGGCAGGGGUGGAAGGGUUAUAAUGGACCGAAUAUCCACAGAGCAUGAUCCUGUCUUGAGACAGAUUGACCCGGAAAUGCUGAACAGUUUUCCAAGCUCUUCCCAGACUUUAGACUUUUCUUCUAAUUUUUCACGGACCAAUGCUUCCAAUAAACGUUGUGAAAACAGACUGUCCCUUUCUGAAAUCCUAAGCAAUAUCAGAUCAUGUCGACUGCAGUGUUUUCAGCCAAGGCUACUAAAUCUCCAGGACAGUGAUAGCGAAGAAUGUACCUCAAGGAAACCAGGGCAGACUGUGAAUAAUAAAAGAGUCUCUGCAGCGUCUGUAGCUUUAUUGAACACCAGCAAGAAUGGCAUAUCAGUAACAGGGGGCAUCACGGAGGAGCAGUUCCAGACACAUCAACAGCAGUUGGUGCAGAUGCAGAGGCAGCAGCUUGCUCAGCUCCAGCAGAAGCAGCAAUCGCAGCAUUCCUCACAACAGACACAUCCGAAAGCACAG